AUGAAAGUUGUAUUUCAGAUUUGCAUAAUUUCCUUACUAUUGACUACCUGCGAUGCAUUCAAUAUUCAUCAAUAUGCUGCCAUGCUACCUGGUCUCAAACUACCUCCCAACACCAAAACCAGAGUAUUGGUCAUUGACACCUUCGAAGACUUCUUAUGGGCCAAUGUCUAUGUAGGACUUUUCUACUACUUUUCAUACUUAGCAACUGGAGCUGCUCUGGAAUUCACUAAUCCCAUACCAAAAUCUGCCUUCAGACUAAAAAACAUGAAACUUGAAAUCAGUAGAGGUGUCUCAGCCUUAUUCUGGGUUCUGCUCUCUGCCACCAUAUUCAUGUGGAAGGUUGAACCACUUACACCAUAUUAUGGCUAUUAUGAAACACAUGAUUUCGGAUUGAAGGAAUGGCUCAUUGGACUCUUAGUAUAUUCCAUUGGAUUCGAUUUCUACUUCUACGUCACCCAUAUCAUCCUCCAUCAACCAUUCUUUUGGAAAUACAUCCACAAGCAACACCACGAAUUCAUCGAACCUACAGCGUUUGCAUAAGAUGCAGUCCACCCAAUCGAAGCCAUCGUACAAGGCCCCUUAGGACAUUUCUUCCCAUGUCUCUUCUACCCAAUCCCUCCAGUUUGGCAUCACUUUUUUGGCUUCUUGACUGCUGUCUAUGCCCAAGCUGCUCACGAUGGAAGAUGGGAUCCAUUCGGACAUAUCAAUCACCAUUUCUAUGUCACCUGCAACUAUGGAAUUUGGGGAGUUUGUGAUAGAAUAUUUUAAACCAACCAUUCCUCAUCAAGAUUCCCUGUUAGAUACGUUCCAAGUUGGGAGAAAGACGCAAAGAAAGUCAAAUGAUCACCUUAAAUAAUUCACGAAUAAAUCAACAUUCAACAAAUCCCAUUCACAUUAAUAAAA